AUGGAAGCGGGCAGCGGCGGUAGGGCUGGCGGCGGCGGUGUAGGCGACGGCAACCGCAGCUGCACAGCCGACCGUUGGAAGGUUCCGGAGCGCGGCGUCAGCGCAACCACCGCCGUUGCGCUCGAGUGUCUUUGCACCCGCCCGGCGACUUGUGUAUUGGAGCACCCCGACCUGAUGCCUCAGCUGGCGGCGGCGGUGGCGGCGGCUGUGGGUGUGUUGGCGGCUGCACGGCUGCCCUCACCGGUCACCGCACCUCAACACAACAGCAAACAGUCGCCGCCGCUCAGGAUGGCGGCGGCGGCGGCAGCGGCCGUGUCCGACUCCGGUACGAAGAAUGCCCCGGUGGCCUCCGCUGCCGCCGCCGGCGGGUUGUCGGAUGGUACGGCAGAAGCGUACGAAAUGAGCGCUGACGUCAGCGCGGCCUUCUUCGCCGCCAGUGUUGUCGUACGGGCAGCUCGGGUUCCGGAGCUGGCACAAGCGGCGGUGGCGGCGGGCGGCCUAGGGCUGCUUGUACGGCUUAUGGGCUGUCGGCCGAACAUGCUUGCGCAAAUGGCUGUGUUUGCAACGUACAAGCUUGUACGGCAGAUACCGCCGCCGGCGACGGCAUCGGCGGCUGCAACAGUCAAUGAUGACGGAGAUAAGCAGCAGCCUCAGUCUCCUCCCCAUAGUCCUGCCUGUGAUGUGGAGCGGGAGUGGCGGGCUGCCGCUCUGCUGACGGUGGCCCGGUGCGGGGGUGUGGCUGCGCUGUGCGGGUGCCUGGAGGGCCCUCUGGAGGACGUGGCCAGCAGGGACAUGGCCUCGUCGCUGCUGCUGGAGAUGGCGCUGGUGCCGCAGGUACCCGCAGUGGUAGGGGGCUUGAAUCACGUACGGCACCUGGUGGAGGUGAUGAGCUCCCCCCGCUGCGACCACGUCGCACGAAUGUACGGAUUGCUCGUACUCGCCCGGCUGUGCAACCACUCGGCGGAGUGCCAGAUGGACGCAGUGAGGGAUGGCGCCCUGGAGCCCCUGUUGCCCCUGGUACGGCAGGGGGGUGAGGAGGAGCAAAUACACGCGUGCCGGCUGUUGGCCAUUCUGGCUCAGGCGGUUCCCACACACGGCCGAAUGAAGAGCAGCGGGGUGGUUGAGGCAGUUAUUCCGCUGCUGCGUUCCUCCUCCUCCACCUCUUCGUCUUCCGGGCUGCUCCUGACCCGUGGGUCGUUUUCUCCUUCAACUGCUGCUGCUGCCGCAUUGGGUGGAGGUGGACCUGGAGAUGGUGGUGGUGCAGGUGCAGGUGGCGGUUGUUCGGUGGUUUCGGAGCACGCCGCCAGCGUGUUGGCUGUGUUGGCUCAGAACCCCGACAUGCACUUCCAGAUGGUGGGGGCGGGGGCCGUGCCGGCGCUGGUGCCCCUGCUCACAACCGGCACCUCGAGGGCCCGGACGUACGUCUUGGCGAUCUUGCUGCUGCUGUGUGAGCAUGAGCCGCGCCAUGCGGCUGUGGUGGUGCGGGCGGGGGCGGUGGCGGCGCUGGUGGACCUCGUCGGCCGGGGGGGGGCGGCGCAACCGCAACAACCCGAAGGGGCAGGCCGGAGCCCCCCAACAUCAACAGCUACAGCUACAGCUGUUGGUCCUGGGAGUGCUGCGGGUACCAGCAGUAGCAGCGGCAGCAGCGGCAGCAGCGCUCAGGAGUUCGCCGCCGCAGUGUUGUGCAGCUUGUCGAGAUAUGUGGACGUGCAAGUUGAGCUGCGGGGCUGCGGAGCCUUACCCGCCCUCGUGCGGUGUCUAGGUCGGGGCCCGCCGGACGCCGCCGUCAACGCCGCGGAGGCGCUUGUGCACCUGGCGGCGGGCGACAAGGACGCAAAGCGGGCUGUAGCCGCCGACCCCGCCGCCGCCGCCGCGGUGCUACAGCUGCUGUCGCACCCGAAACCGAAUGUGCGGUACUGGGCCCUACAGCUGCUGAGGACUGUCAGCACGGACGAUGACGCGUUGCGACUGAUGACCGGCGUGUCGUCCGAGGUGGGAGAGGAGGAGGAGGACGGGGGGAAGGAGGGGGAGGUGGGUAAAGCGACGGGAAGUAGUAAGGACUCCGAUGUAGCGGCGGGAGUUGAUGGUGUACGGCGCCGUGCCGAGGACGUGGCGGUGUCCUUGGGUUUGUGGCUGCCUGGAGCUUUGCGGGGUCCGCCGGCGGCGGAUGCGGGGGACGCACUUCUGGUGGGUCCAGGGAGUGGGGGGGAGGCGGGGACAGAGCGGGAGCUGGAUGGGGCCCGGGGGGGAGAGGUUGAGCACCUCGCCGGUCGCGCGGAGGCGCUGGUGGCGGCGCUUGUACGGCUGCUGCGCUGGCGGGACGGUCCGGCGGCGACGAGCUGGCAGCAGGGCCGUUGCCGAGUUUUGGCCGGGUGGCUGCUGGCGCGGUUGUGCGGGGUACGGGAGUGCGCGCCGCUGCUGCUGGCGGCGGGGGCAGUACGGGAGCUGAUGGCGGUGCUGGUGGAGGAGCAGCAGAACGUGGCGGCGGCGGGGUCGGGGAUGUACGGCAUGCAGUCGUCGGGAGAAGGUCUGAGCAGUGGUUUAGCUCCGCCGUUGCUGCCCGGGGAAGGGGGGAGGGGAGAGAGCGGGUUCGAGGCGGAUGAGGAUGAGGAAGGGGGGGCGGCCCCACCGGCGCGGGGUGGGAGUGUUCGGCCGGGUGGAAUGACGCCCUCGGGGGGUGCGGGUAGGGGCAGCGGCGGCGGCGAGGGCGGUAUUACCUUCCCGAGAAGGAUGCGGUUCGAUGUCAACGCUUCGGCUGCCGCCGCGGCGGCGCUGCUGUCGGUGGCUCGCACCGGGCGGGGCGGCCGCGUGGCGGUGCUGUCUGAGCUGGCUCUGACUCACUGGAUGGGUACUGCCGUACACCUGGAGGGCCUGGAAGGGCCAUGA